AUGCCAUUCUCAUGUCCAAUUUCUACCCUGUGCUCAGCUAGCCUUGAUUUUUGCAACCAACAGCCUCUAAAGGCCUUUUCGUGCUGUUCAAGGGGAAUCCGCCGUCGUCUUCUCGUUCGAGAGGCUAUGGAAGCUAUGAUUGAGGAACAUCAGUGGACGCCGGGCAACAUCUUCUUCGCCCUUUUACAGAGAUUUUCUUGGUUCGACAACUGGUUAAAGCGUCGAAAAUCAAUGUCCCUUCGCCGGCAUGGGAUAAAUGCUUCACUCCACUCUCAGUAA